AUGUCUACUUGCCUCCAGAAAGUCUUGCCCCAGUCGAAGAAACCGGACCCGAGUCCGACGUACACUUCGGUCCCGUCAAACUUCCGUAUCGCGAGCUUGCGCUGCCUCGCGUCGGGCGUCCGAAACUGA